AUGCCACCAAUGCAACAGGAAGAAUCACAGCUCAACUUCUGCAGUUUGCCAGGCAACAUGGCAGCAGCUAGACCCGCCCACAUGGAAACCCGUUUUUCCAUGGGCUCCAUUCCCGAAAAUGAAGAAUCAAUUGAAAUUUACCAACUCCCAGGUAAAGACGACAAUUGCCUUAGUACCAGCAGUAGUUCCACAUCGCUUGCCCUCCCGCCCAAUCCGUUCGACAAGACUCACGACUGCGAAGAAAUCGAUAUAGAUUUCUGUUAUACACCGAGCUCGGCGACUGAGAUUGAGGUGUGCCAACCACGCGGAUGUGAACUGGAUUUCCUAGUGAAGAGUUCCCUUAGCUGCGAGGUCGUGCCCGGCGUCAAGGUCGUGAAUGGCGACAAUACCAUAUCUGAGCGACAUUCCAUGGGCCUCCACACGGCGAGCGUUCAUGGAGACUUGACCACGUCGGGCAUUGCCAAUACGUCAGAUGAGAUGGUGAAAAAUGCUGCGACCCUAGUGCACGCAGAGAAACCAAUCCUAAGUCGGGAUUCUGGUAGUCUCAAGGCCGUGAACUGGGGCGAUCGAGUUGGCAUCCAAACCAGCCACGUCUCUGCGGAACCUCGGGUUCUCACCAAGAAGACCAUCCAGUACUCCCUGGAACCGGUGUUUGCCCGUCCAACUCGAACGAAAUCCAGCAAUUCCUCCACUUUCUCUAUCAGCACCCACAGAAAAGGCCAGAGCCAGUCAAACAAUCGACACAGUAGCAGUAUUGACGCCCAGAAGAUGUGCAUUUCGACGCCGCCUGCUGAGCUUUUAAUGGCUCUUCAAGCCGUGGAAGCAUACGCAGCAUCGGGAUAUUUUCACGAAGCUGGAGCGCCGUUUUGUCCCUCACCGUUUCCCAUGUUUCCGUUUGAACCCUCUCCGGAAACAAUGAUCAGCGGAAACUUCGAUCCCUACCAGCCAGUCCGACGCAGGACAUGCCAGUGUGCGCGGUGUUUAGAAGACAGUGACCAAUUGGACAGCACGCAGCUAUUCAAGGGCUGCAAGUACUCCCCACUGGGUUCGUACUCAUUGGCCUGUUUUCAACCAAUCACGCCGCCCAUGAGUCUGUCUUCGGAGUCGCAGUCGCAGGAGGAGCCACGUGGCAAGUUCUUGAAGGGCAAAAUGAACUGCUGUUUUCCGUCGCCCAGGAAACGCAUUCAGCCAAAGCCUUCGCCGCAAGAAGGCUUGCUAGACGUGAGUCUGCCAGAGAGCACUUCACAGCCCUCAGUGAUUCCGGAAUCCGAGGUUGUCAGUAGGGGCACGGUCUCGCCUGCAGACACGUCCAUUCUUGACGCGUCACAGCCGUAUAAAACAAGCCAGGAGCCACGUCGAACGGUUCCCGAGUGCUGCGUCAAUGUUGGACAGCGUCAAGUGAGUCCACCUAGGUGCAGCGAGCUGCAGAUGGCAGGGGUUGUUGCGCGUGAAAGUCACAUCAACGCUUUUGAUAUGCACGCCCAAUCACGAUCUUCCUGCAGCUCUAAUUGGUUGGAUGCAUAUUGCAAGGGGAGGCCCCCAAAAAUGUUGCGUCUAAUGAGCAUGUCACAGAAGUGCGACCCCGUCGAAACGAUGUCUGUUGGCGUUCAGGAGGGGGGUAGUUUGCAGCCUCCCAGCGAGCCUGACAGCCCCGUCAACUCAGACAACUCAGAAACCGCUACUCAAGAAGACCCCAGGAAAGUCGAUGCCUGCUGUCAGCUGCUGCUGGACUGCUGUUGCCUUCCUGACAAACCUCCACCCAGCCAACCAAGUAUCGUCAGUGCGCCUGGUGCUUUCAAGGAAUCUCAAGUCUUGAACAAGUCGCGUGAGGUUUUUCAGACGGAGAGAAACUCGCGCCAGGGCAGCGAGACCAGGCCGAGUUCAAGGUCCAUUUGUCAGGCUUCCAAAUCGACGCAUCCCAGUAAUUUCGAUCCAUUUUGUGAAAACUCCGUAAAAGGCAGCCUCAGGUAUGGCGCCAACACAGCAGUAUCAUCCACGUCAAUUCAUUCCACCGAUAUGAGGAGAACAACACAGCCGAGAGCUACCGGUUUCUUGUCAGUUGCAACAUCCACGACGGAGCUGCCACAGGAGCAGUGCUGUAACGUGGAAUUACAGGAUUUCGCAUGCCAAUCACUCCUUCCAAUGAUGUCUAAAAUGUGCCAAUGCAACCAGCCCUUGAUAACCGGUUCCAAAUGUCCAGAGAUAGCGUCGAAGGCCAUCCAGUCACCAGAUCCACGACACAGCAACGCGGACAUAUCGCCAACUAGACAGAGCAGCGAAUCGUCUGAGGGCUCUGGAUCAUGUUCCUCCACAGGGAAUCCUCGAAUCCUCUACAUUGGAAUAGCUAGUCAGUGCAAGCAGACGCACAUGUCAUCUACGUCCAGCUACGAUGGCGACUGCGAGGCAUUCACUAAUGCAAUCAGAUGUCCACACAUUCCAUGGAAGGGGUGCAGACCAUCAUCGUGCUUGAAAGAAUCCGACGAGGACCACUGCAACGAAGAUGCGCUUCAGACUCAAUCAGAUCGUCCAAGUGGUCGUGCUGGAAUCACUCGCGAGUCGUUGAAUGCACCCAGUCGAUGCGUGUGUAGCACGGAUUCCAUAGUAACCGAUAAACCACAAGGUCAUCAUUCGCGAGACCACCAAAGUCUGCAUCAGGAGGCAGCCAAUCACAUUCCACGGCCUACACGCCUAUCUUCACGAAACGCCGUUGUAAGGAACGAGGAGGACUCUCACGUCGUCGGAGCCCAACGAUGCUUCACCAUGUCGGCCAGGUUCAGGCGGCACAAUGACGACGACUCAACAGCUGAUGGAUUUCGGACAAUACGCGUGGACAUCGAUGAGUUAGUCAAGAAAUGUUCCACCGUAGACAUGGGACAAAACAAUCACAGACGACAAUUGUCGACUGAGUCUGAGGCGGAGGAUGUGGGGGGCACUGUGGGUGACGCCAGUGUCAAUACUACCUCUAUACUCCCGUCAGAUUGCAUGCUAUUGGGUUUGGAGGCAUCAGCUAGCCAGCGCUUCGGACUGAUGCACCGACUGGAGAGACACCGUGGCGGACUAGGACAGGGCUUGGGACAUGGCGGCGGACAGCAUGACAUUGACCGUACAAAAGUGACCGGUGGAGUACAGCACGGUUUGGGGGGCGGCGUGAUUGCUGGGCACGACUUGGGGCAACUCGGCGGCGGAGAAAUGCAGGGCUCACUGUAG